AUGCAACUCCCAGGGCAUGUCUGGUGGCGCACUCAGCAGGCGGGAGGCGCGCGUCUGCCUGACUGCUGCGCUCCCCCCCUUCUCUUCCGUUCACCCCAAUCCCGCUUCCCCCCAUCUUCCCCCAUCCCCCUUCCCUUCCCGCAUCCUCCUUCCCUUUCCCCAUCCUCCUCCCUUUACCCCAUCCCCCUUCCCUUCCCGCAUUCCCCUUUCCCUUUCCCCACCCCCCUUCCCUUCCCCCAUCCCCCUUCUCUUUCCCCAUCCCCCUUCCCUUCCCCCAUCCCCCUUCCCUUCCCCCGUCCCCCUUCCCUUCUCGCAUCCCCUUUCCCUAUCCCCGUCCGCCUUCCCUUUCCCCAUCCCCUUUUCCCUUCCCCACACCCUCCUUUCCCUUCCUGCAUCCCCCAUUCCCCCUAUCCCUCAUCCCUUCCACCUUUUUGCCCCGCUUUCACACACUAUGCCGCCAAUCAAUCACUUUCCCCCUUCCUCCCUGCCUUCUUUCUUUCCCCAUGCCAUGACUCCCCUCGGGUUCCUCCCAUGGCUCCCCUCGGUUUCCUUUCGUCCCUCACCUCGCUUUCCUCCCAUGCCUCCCCUCGCUUUCCUCCCAUGCCUCCCCUCGCUUUCCUCCCAUGCCUCGCCUCACCUCUGUUUCUCCACUUGUCUCCCCUCGGCUUCCCCCCUUUCCCCCCACCUGUUGAUGUGCUUCUUCGGGGAGGGGGGAGCAAUCACAGCACAAGGAACAUGGAGAAGGUUCUUGGAAGGGGAGGAGGAGACGGGGGAGGGGAGAGAGGGAGGGAGGAGAGAGGGAAGGGGAGAGAGGGAAGGGGAGAGAGGGAAGGGGAGGGAAAAAACAGGUGUCAGGUGUCCCCGUAA